GUGACUAGCGCUAGACCUCACGGCUCGGCAGUGCGCAUGCGCAGAACCACGCGGUGGAAAAAAACCCUUCUCUCUCUCUCUCCAUCCGUACACAGGCUGUGUUCUGUAGACGGGCUUCCCGAGGACCGCGCUCUUUCUCCAGUACACAGGUAUCACAAUGAAGCGCAUGCUGACUCACGUGAGCCGCUGGGCCACGCCCACCCUGAGCCGCGGCGCUCAUUCCGGGAUCCGCUCGUCCUCCACGGCCGUGUCGUACGCUAAACGUGACGAGAGGCUGCUCUCAUCCGAGGAGGUGUACUCCCGAGAGGAUCGAUACGGAGCUCACAACUACCACCCCCUACCUGUCGCCCUGCAGAGAGGAGAGGGAGUUCACGUGUGGGACGUGGAGGGACGUCGGUAUUUCGACUUCCUGAGUGCGUACAGCGCGGUGAAUCAGGGUCACUGCCACCCGAAGAUCGUGGCCGCGCUGAAGGAACAGGCCUCCAGACUCACGCUGACCUCCAGGGCGUUCUACAACAACGUGCUGGGAGAGUACGAGGAGUACAUCACCUCUCUGUUCGGCUACAACAAAGUCCUGCCCAUGAACACAGGUGUGGAAAGCGGAGAGACGGCGUGUAAACUGGCACGCAAAUGGGCCUACAACGUUAAAGGUGUUCCUCAGAACCAGGCCAAGAUCAUCUUCGCAGGUCAAGGGAAUUUCUGGGGUCGUACACUGGCAGCGAUUUCCAGCUCCACUGACCCGAGCAGCUAUGAGGGGUUUGGGCCGUUCAUGCCCGGGUUUGAGCUCGUUCCCUAUAACGACGUCCCGGCUCUGGAGAAAGCUCUUCAGGACCCUCAAGUUGCUGCAUUCAUGGUGGAGCCCAUCCAGGGUGAAGCUGGUGUGGUGGUACCUGACGCUGGAUACUUGAGCAAAGUGCGCGAGCUGUGCACCAAACACAAUGUUCUGUUUAUUGCAGACGAGGUACAGACGGGUCUGGCACGUACAGGACGCAGGUUGGCUGUAGACCAUGAGGACGUGAGGCCGGACCUAGUGAUGCUGGGAAAAGCUCUGUCUGGAGGAUUAUAUCCUGUGUCGGCGGUGUUGUGUGAUGAUGAGGUGAUGUUGACGAUUAAACCAGGUGAACACGGCUCCACCUACGGGGGAAACCCCCUCGCCUGCAGAGUCGCCAUCGCCGCCCUACAGGUCCUAGAAGAGGAAAAACUUGCGGAGAACGCCGAAAAAAUGGGGAAGAUUUUGAGGGCGGAGCUUAACAAGCUGCCCAAAGAGGUCGUCACGACAGUGCGAGGGAAAGGCCUCCUCAAUGCCAUCGUCAUCAAGGAGACUAAAGAUUACGACGCGUGGCGCGUGUGCUUGCGUCUCCGCGACAACGGGCUGUUAGCCAAGCCCACUCACGGGCACAUCAUCCGGCUGGCCCCGCCCCUCAUUGUUAAGGAAGACGAGAUCAGAGAGUGUGCAGAAAUCAUCCAGAGAACCAUCCUGUCCUUCUAAACGACUCCUCAAUAUACAUCACACUUUAAUCCAAACCUCACAACUACAGCGAGACCAUUAACACGAGUAUCAAAGAAGAAGAAAAUCUAAAAGUGUGUAUUGGAGGCGGAUUAUUUUGGGCCUCAUCCUGCCUCAGAACUCAAAUUACAAACAGAACGAAUUAAUCUAAAGAGAAAAGCUUUAUGAGCAUAAAAUGCUUAUGAUUUAUACAUUUAUUCACAAUUAGCAUGUGUUAGCAGGAGUUUGAAGGGUUACAUCAAUGUGUGUGUGUGUGUGUGUGUGUGUGUGUGUGUGUGUGUGUGUGUGUGUGUGUGUGUGUGUGUGUGUGUGUGUGUGUGUCCAUAGUUUCAUCAAAGGAAACUGUUAAUUGCUAUGAUUGUAAUGGACCGUAUGUAGUAACGGACCUGAGAUCUCAGCCACCGGUUUUGCGUCCUGUGUGAUGUAGAGGUGUACGGAUUGAACACACGCCGCUCACCUGGUGGCUGUAAAAUUCGAACGGAACGACACGUGAGAUCAUUUCACGUUAAAAUGAAGUGAAACAAAAGACGCAAUAGACUGUAUUCAGUCCACGUAAGCAUGUAUGGGUUUGGAACACAACCGUGGAGGAGCACGAAGCUCCGAGGUUACUUUACAGACGGAAGAAACGUAAAAUCGUUACGUGGACGCAAAUCGGCAUGCAGAAACGAGGGUUUUACGUGAGUCCGCUAGGUGCGAUUGCAUCUAUCAAGCUGCUUUUGAUGUACACAAGAACCUCCUGAUGAAGGCUAGCAAGAACCUGACGCUUAAAACUACCGUUUCAGCCUCACACACGUUAUAUACACACGUGUCAUUGGUGUGUUUAUGGCUCCGCCCACUACUAAGACAAGACUGAUUUGUGUGUGUAUAUAUUUCAGUCUAGUUUCCGAGCAGAUUGGUGGGCGUGUCUUUGAAUCAAUUUAUAAAAUUGUAAAAGGUGAAAAGGAGUCUAUCAGGAUUUGCUGAAUGAUGUGGGCGGGGUCUAUUAUAGGGGCGGCGUCUAUCAGGAUUCUCCGAAGGAUAGAGGUGGAGUCUCUGGAUUCGCUAAAAGCAAAGUUCUCUGUGAAGGAAAGGGGGCAGAGUGUAGAGUUCUCUCUGUUAAGGGUGGAGCCUAAUGUGCUUCUCUUGUUUAAAAAUGGACUAUGUGGGGGAAAAAUGGAGUGUGUACUAAGUACUUGGUGUACUUUUGGUUAGAGGGCGGGGCUGUCUGAGUUCACGUUGUGAACUUUUUUUUGUGUGUAAAAGGUGGAGCUGGCGCAGGGCCAUUUCUAGCCUUUUUGGCACCCUAGACGAGAAUUCUGUUGCCACCCCCCCCAAUGGCUCCGCCCUCCCACCACAAUGCUCCGCCUCCACACCAUAGAAAUCAAUUGCAAACUUCCAUAAAAAGGUUAAACACAUUUAUUUAAUCAUUGCAAAAUUGCCUGAAUUCAAAUAUGGGAACAUUAUUUUGUAUAAUAAACUUCAGCAGAAGUGAGGGCGGAGCCUUCAGAACUCCAUAAAUGGUCUCAAAGACUGGUUCAGUCUGAAGAAAGAGAUUUCAACCCAGAGUGAGGAUCUACUGAGUACCGAGUGGAAUGAAGUAUAAUUUAUACCUAAAAUAUAAGUAUUUAAUGUGAACGAUAUGCCGGAGUGUGUGUGUGUGUGUGUGUGUGUGUGUGUGUGUGUGUGUGUGUGUGUGUGUGUGUGUGUGUGUGUGUGUGUGUAUAUGUGUGAGAUGAGGAUGGAAUCCAGUUGCUCUGUAUUUCUUUAAAUUAAAGCAGAUUCGAGAAAUGA